AUGACCGUCCCAUCUACGACGCAGACGGCCUUGGUCGGCGGUCCCAAAGGCGACAUCAUCCUUUCUCACUCGGCUCCGCUCCCACAGGGGCCGCUCCAAGACCAUGAGCUGGCCGUGGCCGUCAAGGCCAUCUCAAUCAACCCAGUCGACACGAAAAUGACGGGCCCCUACCACACCGAGGGCGCCAUUCUGGGAUGCGACUUUGCCGGGUUGGUAACGGCCGUGGGCCCGACUGCCGCGGAAUGGGGCUUCCGGGAGGGAGACCGGGUCGCCGCCACCGUCAUCGGCCUGAACUCGUUGCGGCCUAGCGUCGGGGCCUUCGCAGAGAACACGGUGUGCUCGGCGUGGGGUGCCCUCAAGAUCCCCGACGACUGGACCUUCGCGCAGGCGGCGGGCGGCAUGGGCGGACUCGCGUGGAUCACGACGUCGUGGGCCCUGUUCCACGCCAUGGGCUUGCCAGCCGGGCCGCAGCUCGAGCCGCUCAACAGCCGCCUCCCGCCGCCUCAGCUGGAGCCCAAGAUCAACAUCACCACAGCUCACAGCCCUGGUGACGGCUCGAAGCCGGCGACGACGGUGCUGGUCAGCGGCGGGGCCAGUUAUACAGGCACAGCGGCCAUCCAGUUGCUCAAGCUGGCCGGAUUCACCGUCAUCGCGACGUGCUCUGCGCGCAGCUUCGAGUUGGUGCGCUCGUUCGGGGCCGACGCCACCUUCGACUAUGCCUCGCCAACAGCCGCCGAAGAGAUACGCGCCUACACGGGCAACCUGUUGCGCCUGGCCAUCGACUGCGUCACCAACCUUGAGUCGUCGCGCCUCUGCUAUGCCGCCCUGAGCCGCCUUGGUGGCCGCUACGUGGCGCUCGACCCCUACAGCGACGCCGUGGCGGCGACACGCGCCGUUGUGCGCCCCAGCUGGGUUUUUGGCCUCGAGCCCCUAGGCGACGAGAUCGCCUGGCCAGAGCCGCAUACCAGGAAGCCAAACCGCAUCGCCCAGGACUUUCUCGAAGUGUGGAACCGCACAAUGCAGGGGCUCGUGGAUCGUAAGCUUAUCCGCUUCCAUCCACAGCUGGUGCGCGAUGACGGAUUGGCUGGUGCAUUGGAGGGUUUGGAUGAUAUUCGGAGUGGGAGGGUCUCGGGCAAGAAGCUGCUCUACACCUUGUGA